AUGAAUAACCAAAGAGAAAACCUCUCAGAACCAAAUCUGGUUAAGAACUCAAAAAGACAACAGUCUAAAGGUAAGGGCACUAAAAGCUCUAAUUCAGUAACUGAGCAGGGAAUCGUCUGUGUAGAAUUAAACCUUCAAAAUGUGUCUGAAGACCUGCAAGGGAAUGACAAGAACUACCACUGCAAAAAUAAAGCACACAGUAGUGGAACACUACAGCAGAACAAUUCAUACCCAGUUACAAGAAUCCAAAAAGCUGAUCCAUGUGGUCAUUGUCCAAAAGAGUGGAUUACAUACUCCAACAACUGCUAUUACAUUAGCACUGAAGGAAAACCAUGGAAUGAGAGUUUGAUGUUCUGUGCUUCCAAAAACUCUACCCUGCUCUCCAUAGAUGAAGAGGACAUGAUAAGAUUUCAAAUGUUUCCAGAAUUUUAUUAA